AGCUGUGAACUUUUCACUUUCCUUUGGGCAUCAAAGAAGGUAGUCAGUCUUUCAAUAGUCAUCAUCCAAAGGAAUUCACACACCAUUAUGGUUCAAUCACAUGGUCCAAUAAAGGCAAGAGGGGAUGUGGGUGUGAGACUGCACAGGUUUUCUCAGAGGGGUCUGUCAUAGUCAGAAUGAAAAAUGGAACGCAGAGAGGUGAGGUACUACACCAUCACCAUUGGCAAGACUAUGAGUUCUCAUAUCCAGUUUAUGAGACAACUUGGAGGAGGCUUCACUGAAGUGUUGUCACCAGCGCAGAGUGAUGUCAUCAUGGCUUUCUGUCCCAUCGUCUCUCGUGCUGGUACUGAUAUUGAGGCAGCACUGCAGCAGAUUCCAGAGGGUAAAGAUGUCAUUCUGGUAGUUCUGCAUCACGUUCUUAACCCAGACUGCACUGCACCUGACAGCAGCAGACUAGUGACCAGAAGUGAUGUAAUACUCACAGUGGACUGUCUGUUCCAUGAGAGUAAGGGAGGACUACUGAACUGUCCUCGCAACAAAGCAGCAGUUGGUAAAAUUCGGAACCGGCUGAACAGGAAGCCAAAGGUGAUAGAUGCCAUCGUGGACAUCCCUGAUCACAGAAACAGGCCAAUGGUGUGUUCCAGUGUCCUUGAUUGCAUCAGAGCAGACAGGCGUUGUUGCCAGAGAUCACCAUUUGUUGUUGGGCUCAUUAUGUUUAUUGUUCUUGUUCUUUUGUGUUUGUUGGUAUUUUUGAUUGUUUCUUUCUGGAAACAAUGAGGUUUAUCAUAAUAACCUAAUGGAAAUAGAGCAAGUAAACUGUAGAAAUUACACAGACAACACAGAUAAACGGACAUAAUUAUACAUAAAAAAUAAUGAAUAAAGCCUAAUAAAGCACCUACUCUACAUGCCUCUAUCUAUCAGGAUAGUAUAUUAGUUUAAGAUGGCAUGAUGCUCAUGUAAUAUUGUAGGACUACUCUGAUAGUAUAUUCUGUGUUGUCACUUUGUUCUGUUUUGACUGCCCUUCUUUUAAAUAUUAAAGUCAUUGAAUUUCA